UAAGAAGAAACAUCAUGUUCCCCAUUGUGUCAUAUGAACUUAUCUAACUCAAAUCACUGAAUUUAGCAUUCAACUGUUCAGAUCACAAUCGUCACUAUCGUGUUAGCUAAGAAGAUGAAUUCGCCGAAAAGAGACUCUUCGUUGAAUUACGUGUUUUGUUUUUCACUAUCGUGUCAGUCACUUAAUUUAGUCAGUACAUAUUCGUGGGCUCACCUAUGCUAUUCUGUAGACCUUAUCCAGUACACUUAGGUAUAUAUUUAUUAGGACGGUGGUCUAUAAUCAAACGAAUCUCAUACUGAAUUUGGAGUUCGAGUGUAUUGGAUGAAGUUCGCUGCGAUUGUAAAUGACUAUGUGCUAAUCAUUUUUUUCUUUACUGAACAUGUUUCUUCAACCUGUAUCGACCUUUGAUGAAAAUCUUGUUUUAGUCAAUGUAGCUUCCUCAUUCCGUAUACUUUUUUUCCCUAUAAAUCUACUACUUGUUUGUGAUGAUCUGUUUUAUGCAAAACUGAGUUCUUGGUGGUGUGAUAUAAUCUCUUGUUAAUUAUCCAAUAUCUUUCGUAUAAUGUUGGAAAUUCACUGUGUAAUUAUUCUUCAAACUGUAGUGAACAGUCUAGCUUAGCGAGGCCGUUAGUGAAUAGAGAAAGUUAAUUUGGGUGACAGUGAUUUGGAGUGGAAUUGAGGAUGGAUACUGCAUCUUAUUUGGGACUCAUCAACCGGGUUGUACCUCCAUUUCCAAGGGGCGAUGGUGUGUCCGCUAAGACUCCAUCCUUGCAUCGAUCGUUUCAAAUGUCAGAUCAUUAUCCAUUUGGGUGAGAAAAGCUAUCUAGUACGGCGUUCGUACUAGGAACUGACAUGUCUUUUGAAGAUAGAGCAUUUCUGUGUAACUUGAUCAAUCAACCGGAAGUGAAAAUUAACCCCAGAACUAAUAAUUAAAAGUUAUUUAUCCUAUUGUAUCUGUUAAGUGCACAAUAUUUGUCUGUUUCACUAAACUCCAUUAGUCAAGUAUUUCAUCCAAGUCGUUUCACCUGACAACACAUUGUUGUGUAGUAAAAGCCCUUCAUUAUCAUUGUGAUAACAGCUGUAAAUAGUGAUGCUGGUAUUUUACAAUUCUACACUGUGACUCUUCUCUUUUCAUAUUUCCUCUUUGCACUUUAGUGUAUAAUAUGUGUUUUGUUUCCUUAUUUUCAACUGGUGAUAGGAUUCUACAGAGGUUUCUUACAAAAUAUCCUUUUCUCGUGUGUUGAGCAGUACUCGUAUUUCAGAGUUAAAUGAUUCUGAUGCCGGUAAUUUAUCAAAAUUAGGCAAGCGUAGACAACGAUUGCGUGUUUUGGAUGACGAUGAUGAUGAUGACGACGAUAAAAGCGAUAAAGAGAAUGAAUACAACGCUCGUGAGAUGUCAACUUCCCUUUCUAAUCUACCUUCAUCCAUUCCAGUUGUUGCGUCAAGCAGAAUUCCACAAGUUGAAGAAUCUUCUUCGUCAGAAGGUGAAAGACACGACGUUUAUGAAUCAGACGAAGAGUCUCGUAGCGUCACAGAAGAAGAAGAAGCAGAUUCUGAUGAUAACAGACCUAACAGUUUAUAUUCAAUAAAUAAGUAUAGUCGGCAAGAUGGUUUGAGACGCAAUGCUGUACACCGUGCUCAUUCACCGAGUGAUAAUCGUGCAAGGCCUACAGAAGAUGAUGGUGACGAUGUUCAAGAACCACUACCCGGUGCAGAUGAUGAUGCUGUGGAUAUUGGUGUUUUGGAGAGACUACGUAAAAUGUCUAAAGGUGCUGCUAAACGAGUUGUCAAAAAUCCACGUCCAAAAUUAGAUCCACAAUGCUUGCUGAGUAACAAAGGCUUACCUGCUUUACUUGACGAUUUCAAGAAGGUUAAAUUUCGUGGUAAAGGUCAUGAGUUUCAAGAUUUAGAAAAGUUGUUAUAUGUGUAUGAAGCAUGGGCAAAUCGUGUAGUGCCAAGAUUAACUUUUCCUGAAGUAGUUGAACGUUUAGAACAUGUUGGCAGUAAACGUGAAAUACAUGUUGCUUUAGAUCGACUUCGAAAUGGUAUUUGGCCACCGUAUGCAAGUAAUGAACAAGUAGAACCAUCUGAAGAUGAGAGUGAACGAGAACAUGAAGAUCCAGAUGCUUUGUGGAGAAGUGUUAUAGAAUCUGUUCCUCAGGAGUGCUACUUAUAUGUGGAUUUACAGGCUAAUUAUUUCCAAAGAGGUAAUACACCCACGGCUAAAAAUACUCCGCCUAAAACAAAUGACGUGUUUAAAGAUCUAAACUCCACAGACUAUCAGGAUACUCAAGAUUCAAUUGACGACUCCAAUUUGCACCUACCACAAGCAUCUACUUCGUAUAGUUCUGAAUCACGUGUAGAAAGAAAUAGACGUUUAGCUUUGGAACGGCUAGCAGCUCGAAAAUCUUCUGCUGGAACACUUAUUACUAAUAAAUUAAAAACACCGACCAAUCAUAUAUUGAAGAAUGCAUUGAAAGCAGCCAUCAGUGCUGCACCAUCAUCAUCUAAUAGUGAACUUACCAAUAAACUAUCCUCUGAGUUUAGUAUAAAUGAAAAGUCAGACGAUAUCAAUUCAUCGAAUACAUUAACACAGAAUUCAAAUGCACAUAACACCACACUUGUUGAUACCAUGUCUAGUCAUACAGUUAUAAAUGCUACCAAUGAUGAUUUGCAUCACUCUGUAUUGGAACAGUUUUCAGAAAAUCAUAAUGAUGAUGUUUUAUCAACUGUUCUACAAGAAGUAGAAUCACCAUGUUAUGUGGAUGAGUCGAAUCUUGUUAUUGAUCUCAGUUAGAUUGUAUUCUUAAUGUUUGUUGUGUGUCUCUUGCAUUUAUGUACUAUUUUGGUUUUUUGAAAAUAAGCCGUGAUACAUUUCAUUUUCACACUUGCUAUGUGAACAUCCUAAGUUUGUCGUUUCAUUUUCAGUGAAAUCAACAAUCGUGCAGUUUUAAUCUUUUCAGAUAUUUGUUUAUUUUAUAUCUAAUGAUGGAAUCAUUAUACUACUUCAUAAAA